CUUCGCUUUAGUUUUCCUCAAUACUUUUGUAGCUCAUAUUUCCAUCCGUUGAUGUUGAACAAUCAAGAAAUUGUUCAUAAUGUCUCUGUUGUAGUCUUCUCUAGAAAUUUUUCUUGAAAAAUCAAUUCUGUAUUAUCUGAAAUUUUUAUUACUGUCUUCAGCCGCCUCCUCUGUUAAUUGACCAAUGGGUAAAAUUGCGUUACUUAUUUCUUAGGCUUAAUGGAUCAAUACUUUGUGAAUUGCAGGUGAAAUAGGAUGCCAUUCAGUAUGCAACAUUGCUAUGGUAUAGUAAACUUUUCAGCAUUUAUGGUGAAUCCGUUUGAAAUUACUUCUACCAUAUUAAUGCCACUAUUUCAUGAAGACGUAUCUGGAUCUGCAAAGAAUCUUCGUGAUGUGGUGUUCCCAUCAUUGGUGUUACCUACUCCUGCCUUGGGUACGUUCAUUAGCACUCUCUUUUGCUCUCUAAAAUCCUUUUGUAUUCUCUCUUUCGUUCAAGUUAAACUAUUCUGUUUCUACCAAACCAAAGUAAACCUGUUAAAAUUGUCCGUUGUCCUAAUUUAACGGUAAACUUUUCAAAAUUAUUUAAUUUCUUCAUUUUCUUGUUCUUCUACGUCUUUUUUUGGUCUUCUUCUUGUUUUUCGUCGUCUUCUUCUCCUUCUUUGCUUUUCAACAGAGGUUAUAUUACUUAUAUUAUUGUCUCUUCUUUUUUUUAACGAAUUUUGACGGAUUCAAAUUUUUAAUGUAUCAACAUAAACCAUUAUAUUAAAAUACUUAUAUAUCAAUGAAUAAUAAUGAAUAUAUUUUAAUUUUUAAUCACAAGGUAUGGUUUUAUUUAUGUCACAUUGAUGUUGAAAAUUCUAAAAAAGAAAUUAAGCUAAAAUGAAUAAGUUAAAACGAACUUUAAUAAGUUUUGGGACGAGUAGAAGAAGUUUAGCAACAACAGCCGAUGUAUUUGCUGGUCUAAUUAGAGAAAAACACAAGUUACCUUCUUAUAUGCUAAGUACUCCUCCGCGAGCUUCUUGUGGGGGAAGGUACAUCGUUACAAUGUUACCAGGGGUAGGUUCAGGUCCACAAAUGAUGGAAUAUGUUAGAAGAGUAUUUGAAGCAGCUUGUGCCCCUGUAGAUUUUGAGAUUAUAAACGAUAUGAAGGCUAUUAAAGAAAUUAUAACUUCCAUUAGACGAAAUGGAGUAGCCAUUAAAGGUCAUAUUCCUGAACUGCCUGCUUUAGCUUCCAACGUGACUUUACGCAGUCAUCUGGAUAUGUAUGUAUAUAAAGUGCAUAUACUAAGUGUUCCAAAUAUCAAAAGUCGGAUGCACAAUAUCGAUGUUUACGUAUUCAGGCAAAAUAUUGAAGGCGAAUAUGCAAUGUUAGAACACACGCCGAAACCUGGUAUCGUUGAAAGCUUAAAAAUAAUUACCAGAGACACUACGAUCAGGUUCGCACAUUGGGCUUAUGGAUUUGCGAGGAGGCAUAAAAGAAAACAUGUUACCAUUGUUCAUAAAGCAAAUAUUAUGAAAUUAACUGACGGGCUUUUCUUACAAACAAUAAUAGACAUCGGAAAAGACUACCCUGAAAUAAAAACUACCAGUAUGAUAGUGGACAAUUGCGCCAUGCAAAUCGUUAGGGACCCAAAAAAUUUCGAUGUCAUCUUGACACCCAAUCUCUAUGGAAACAUCGUUAUCAGUAUAUUCUGCGGGUUAAUUGGAGGACAUGGUAUUAUUUCUGGGGAAAAUUUUGGAGACGAAUGCGCCAUUUACGAGGUCGGUUUGAGACAUUUGGCAUUUGAAGAUGAAAUGUACGUCAACCCCAUAGCCAUGAUAAAUGCUGGCGUAAAACUGUUAUAUUACUUGAAGAAAGAUCCCCACGCCGACCUUAUAGCAGAAGCAGUAAGAAAAACAAUGGUAGACGAUAAAAUUCACACCCCGGAUCUCGGUGGCAAGGCCUGCAGUUGCGAAGUAGUCGCAGCAAUAAUCAGUCAUAUUAAGGAGACUGUUAAACAGUGUCCUAAAGUACAAGCGAAGUAAGCUGAAUGGCGUGGAAAUUCCAAAAAGUUAGGAUUCAGCAAUACAAUGUACAAGAUCUCCUGGAUGGUCUUCGUAGAUAUGUCUAAACCACUACAAUCUUGGAAAUGUGCCUACCCUUGGUUUAAUAUUCAAGGCGUGGAUUAGUAUAAGUGCCACAUAUUUCUUAAAAGGAUCUGUGGCAACAAUGAUUUUAUUUAUACCUAAAAUAUGUAAUUUUUAAUAAUUAAAAAAAAUAUACUCCAGUGCUACAUUUUU